ACCCCAAAUUUCAACCAGUCGUUCGAGGCUUGAAGCAACCGUGUUUCUCUCUCCCUCUCCAAUUUCUCUCUUUCUCGUUCUCUCUCCCUCUCAAUUUCCCUUCGCUUGCGUUCCAUUUUUAGGGUUUUAGGGGCUGAAUUAUCACUGUAAUGUGUGUGAUUCGCAUUUUCAGAUGCUGAAUCGUUUCUAGGGUUUGGUGAAAUCUUCUCUGAGAAGUGUUCCAUUUGGGGCUGAAGUAGCAGCUGGAAGUUCCUGGGGUUCUUGCGCUUCGCUCCACUUUCUCUUUGAAAUCAGAAUUGGAGGCGCCAGAGCAGCUGAAAUCUCCCGCGUCUCGUUUCCUUCUCGAGAAUUUCAGAAGAUCACGUUGCUGGCGUUGCUCCUGGUUUCUAGGGUUUCUGAAGCUUGAUUCGUUCAGUCAAGCUAUUUGAAGUUUUAGGGUUUUGAAUUCCGAGAUAUGUUGCAUGUGAACUGUGAAGUUCUAGUAAGGGCUCUUGGGGCAUAUGAUGCUUCACAACGUGGUGGAGACUAGAAGUGAAGCCUUCAGUUCUUGGUAUGCUAGGGUUUUGAAGAGGACAGUGAAGCCUUCAGUUCUUGGCAUGCUGGCGUUUUGGAGAGAUGAAGUUGCAGUGAAAUAUUUUCUUUUAAGGCGAUUUUAGGCUUUUGGGAAGAUGUUCUAUUCCCAGUUCAUUUUGGCAAAGAAGGGUCCUUUAGGGACCAUAUGGAUCGCUGCUCAUCUUGAAAGGAAGCUCAGGAAGAACCAGGUGGCUGAUACUGAUAUUGGGGUUUCAGUAGAUUCUAUUCUUUUCCCGGAAGUGCCUAUUGCUCUUCGGUUAUCUAGCCAUCUGCUUCUUGGUGUGGUAAGGAUAUAUUCCCGAAAGGUGAAUUACCUUUUCCAUGACUGCAGUGAGGCUUUACUUAAGAUAAAGCAAGCUUUCCGUUCAACCGCAGUUGAUCUUCCCCCAGAGGAAUCUACUGCACCUUACCACUCUAUCACUCUACCGGAGACAUUUGAUCUUGAUGAUUUUGAGCUACCAGAAAAUGCUUUCUCCCAUGGUGGUUUCGUUGAUCAUCAUGUUAGCACGAGGGAUCAAAUUACCCUUCAAGAUAAUAUGGAUGACACGAUGUACCCAACAUCACAAUUUGGACUGGAUGAGAGAUUCGGUGAUGGAGAUGCUACUCAGAUUGUUCUGGACUUUGAUGAGGACCCAUUCGUAGACAAAGUUCAGUCUCCAGGGCAAUCUAACCUGCUGCUGGGCUCAGAAGAAGAUGCUCAGAAAAUGGCAUCUUCAUGCCACAUGGAUAUUGAUGAGCCUCCUUCUCAGUUCUUUACUGGUGAAGGAAGUCAUGAAACUGCAAAAGAUAUGGAUGAAGAUGAUUUUCCCUGUUCACCUACACUUGAACUCUCUUCAAGUCUGAAAGGAGAGAGCUUUUGUCGUCCUGAUGCUCAAGGACCACCUGCCACACCUAGUAGAGAGGCAUUUCCUAAUGCCAUGUUACAAGCCCCAUGUACUCCUAGUUUAUCAGAGGAAGCCAUCCCAGCAAGUGUUCAAGAAGUUCCUGAGGUUUCAAAAUCAAUGCCUGAUUCUAGCCCUAGUCCUCCCUUGCAUGGGGACCUAGAAUCGAAGGUAGAUAACUACGAAGGUCCCCAUGUGAAGCCAAAUGAAAGCAAUGAGGAAGCAAGUCAAGAAGUGGUUUGUGAAGUGUACCCUCCCACAUCAAUACCUGAUUGUACAAUUGCAAAAGAUGAACGUGCACUGCAAUUGGAAACUGAGAAUCCUGUCACUCUAUUAGGCAGUGCAUUUCAUUUAGAGGGGAAGAAAUCUCUAUUGGAGACCGAAAGUAACAAGACCGUUACAAGCCCAUUGCCUCAUGUGGUACCCACGGAAGCAGCCACAUUGAGUCCUGACUCUUUAGUUGAAGUGUCAAGGUCUCCCGCCGAUAAUCCCAAUGCUUCUAUUGAAGAAAACGCCACAACAAGUGAUUUGAAGCUUGAGAAUGCUACAGUCAAUGAAAAUCAGGUGCCCCAAACUUCAGAGAUUCAUGAAAAUGGUGAGGCAGUGGAGAAUCAGCACAACCCACGUGAUGCGCAAAAGUCAUACCCUGGCAGUGAGAUAGUUUCAGGAGGUGGAGCAGAGGUUGGGGAAACUGAGCUUCAAAAUCAUGAUUCCGCACAAGAUUUGCAAUCUUUGAAGCAUGAUGUCCAUGACAAGAGUGAAUGCUUUGGAUGUGACACACUGAGGCCCUGUAAUUCAGUUGGGAAUGGUGUAGAGCUUGUGGGUCCUGAUGAAAAUGGUGCAAUCUUGUCACCAAGAGACAUGAGUAAUGCAUCAGAAAAAGAUGACACACUGGAUGGCUGCAGUGCUUCCACAAUUGCUGAGGUGCAAGGUGAAACCUGUCAUAAUUCCCAGACUUUGGAUCCAGGCUUUGCAGUUGAACCUUCUUCACAAUGCGUUCCAUCCCAAACUCCAUUAGUUUUUGGCAGUUCAGAGGAUUUGACUCCUUUAGAUAGUGAGGAACCAAAUGAUAUGGGUUCCAAGAGCUCUGAAAAUUUUCAGACUCCUGCGAUUACACCUCCUGAAACAUUGCGCUUGGCACCUACAGAGGAUGAACGAGAUGAUGAACUGUUGAAGAAUUUUAUUUCAAAGAGAAAGUCAAUUGCAGAGGAAGGAAGAAGUGUCGAGGAGACUGAAAAUGUUUAUACCCGGAAACGCCAGAAAAUUGAUUCUAUACCUGCUUUGCAGGAGGGUAUUUCCGGAAAAUCAUCUAAGGUUUCGCUGUUUAAACCCAACAUGGAUUACAUUCCCGAUGAUGAUGAUCUGCUGUCCUCCAUCUUAGGGGGAAGACGUACUCCUGUUUUCAAGCUGAAGCCCACGCCGCCUGAACCAGUUCCGUCUAGAAAGCGUCCUAGAUCAACACCCAAGGAGAAUGUGAACAAGAGGAAGGUGCUUCUAGAUGAUAGCAUGGUCCUUCAUGGCGAUGUGAUAAGGCAACAGUUGUCAAGUACUGAAGAUAUUCGCCGCGUGCGGAAGAAGGCCCCUUGUACUCCUUAUGAGAUUUGGGUGAUUAAUAAGGACUUACGGGCUCAUGAAAUUUUUGAGGAACCCAUUAUAACUGGUUUGUGUGCAGAACUGGUCGACUUGUACAGUCAAGCAUCUUGUAUGAUUGGGACUGGAGUUUCUCAUAUCAGUGGAAAUGAUUGUAACUCUGAAGCACUAAAAUUUGGGGAGUUUUAUGGCGACAGGGAACUCAAGGAAGGAAAUGCAGAAGGUGCAGAUGAACUUCCUGAAUCGAUGCCAGACCAGCCAUUGAUUGAGGUUGAAAACCAUCACAAUGAAAAUGCUAUUUCAGAAUGUGGAGGCCAUGCUCAAGAGAGUGCUGAAUUUUUAGCUGGUAUAUCUUCCUCCAUGGUCAAAAAUGGAGAAUCAGUGGAAAAUGGUUCUGUGGAGCUAACCAUUCAGGGUGAAGUUCCUCAACCAUCAGGCUAUGAUGCUAUUAGUAUUGAUGGUGAACCAGGAAAGGUUCCUUCCUUAGAACCUAGUUGCAAUGGCUUGGCUAGUUCUAGCAAUGAGGCUUCUACAAUGGAUGAUGGAGAGGCCAUAAGGCAUCAGGAAAAUGGUGGGUCUCCUUGUCUACAGGACCAGAGAGGGGUUGAACUUCAGGAGGUGAAUGGGGAAGUUGGAGUUUGUACAGAUAACUUCGUGGACAAAAAGGAUGUAGCAAAUGAAGGAAUUGUGGUUUUGACCGAGACAUUUGUUGUUGAACAAGGUACAUCCAAUGAGGAAAACACCGUUGUUUGUGAGGAGGUAGCUGGCGGAAGGGAUGAAUCCAAUGGUGAAACUGGUAUCUUUAGUGAAAAAUUAGCUGAUGAAAGAGAUGGAAAAGUUGACACUGCAUGUGGUGACAUGGUACCUGAUACUUUCAAUAAUGAUGCUCCUGAAUCAGGAUCAGGUAUUGUAAAGGACUCUUCUGAUUCCUUGGAAAACAUGGAUUCAUCCAAAUUGGACACUACUAUUGGAAAAGGUGGUGAACCUGAACCAACCGUUAUUGAAGGUCAGGAACUAGUAGGGAUUACAAGAAGCGAUUCAGAGAUUGUUGUGGAGGAUAGAGAAAGGGCUGAAAAGCCCCAGAAAUAUGAGCAAGUUCAGAAUUCAGAUGAAAUCCCAUCUGGCGAGCAUAUUUCUUCAGAAUAUAUCAUUUCUGGAUCUCCAUGGCAUGAUGCACAAUUUGAUGUGGAAAUGAGAGAUGAACCCAAAGUUGACUGCAGGGAAAAUCCCACCCAGCAAGAGGGUAGUUCUGGAGCUGAUCUGAGUGAGACUGCUACUGAUGUGCACAUGACUGCUGUUGAAGACCCUGAUGACUUUGACCAUGUUAUAGAUGGCAGUAAUACAGAGUUCUUGUUUGAAGAUGAUGAUGCUUUGCCUGAAGAUGGGAACAAUGACAUGCCUAAUGCUGAACAGGAACGUUUUCUUGAAAAUGCUGGGUGGUCUUCGAGAACAAGAGCGGUUGCAAGGUACCUACAGAUACUGUUUGAUGAUAGAGGGUCACAUUCUAAUAAAGCUGGAAGAGGGGCCCCACAAAAGGUAGGUCUAGACCGCCUUUUGGUGGGAAAGAGUCGGAAGGAAGCGUCAAGAAUGUUUUUCGAGACAUUGGUUUUGAAGACAAGAGAUUACCUUGAUGUGGAACAGGAGAAAUCUUUUAAUGAGAUACAUAUACGCCCGAGACCCAACUUAAUGAAAGCGGAGUUUUGAGCAGAGAAUGCGCUGAUGCCUCCAACUAAUACAAAUAGUUCCAGGGACACGGCCUGCUUUGCUGAUUAUAACCUCACUUGUGUCCUUUUUCUCUUUUUUUCUUGGUUUAGAUUUAUAAUCCUAACGAUUCGGUGAGAGACAACGCAGGCCGAGUUUGAGGCUGUAUACAUGUAUGAUUUAUGCCCUUGUAAAUAUCUGUAACAUUGUAUGUUUUAUUUGGUUCUUUUGACCAUUUUGAUCCAAUAGUAGUGCUGUGUCUAAGA